AGUGCUGUAGCUCUCUUCGCAGCCCGUCACGGCGCGAUCCGCCAGUCGCCGCCAAACCAUGACAGAGACGGGACAGCCGAUUCGCGGGGGCGGCAAGUCGCCGGCGCAGGCGGCGGAGGCGGAGGACAAGCCGCGGGCGCCGCUGUGGAGGCGGGCUCUGGCCAACGUGACGGUGGAGCCGCUGGUGGCCGGCUACGUCAUGCCGUCGGUGCUGGCGUCGCUCGCCACGCAGAACCUCAACCUGCAGAAGGCCUGCUCCGUCAACCUCGCCUUCAACGACACCGUCUGCGACGCGCUCGCCCUCAAGGAGAGCGCCGCCUACCAGGAGCAGGAGGCGGCGGUGCAGCAGCUGGUGACGGCGGUGCUGGCGUGGCGCGCCGUGCUGCAGGCGUCGCUGCCCGCGGCGGCGCUGCUGUUCCUGGGCGCGUGGUCGGACCGGCACGGCCGGCGGAAGCCGCUGAUGCUGACGCCGGUGUUCGGCGAGCUGACGGGCGCGCUGCUGCUCAUGCUGUGCGUCUACUGUCGGUCGUGGCCCGUCGAGGCCGCCGCGCUCGCCGAGGCGCUGCCGCCCGCCCUCACCGGCGGCUGGGUCACCGCCUUCAUGGCCAUCUUCAGCUACAUGGGGGACGUGACGACUCCGGAGGAACGGACGCUUCGCAUCGGCGUGGUCAACGUGUGCCUGAUGCUCGGGGUUCCCAUCGGCAUGGCGCUGUCCGGCGUCCUGCUCAGGGCCAUCGGCUUCUACGGCGUCUUCCUCACCUCCGCCUGCAUCUACACCUCCAGCAUCACCUACGGAUUCUUCUUCAUACACGACAAGCCCCGCGACACACCGGCUGCCGCCGACGAGAAGCCGGAGAAGCAGCAGCAGCAGCAGCAGACGGCGCCGCAGAAGAGCCCGCCGCUGCGGCGUUGCAUGGCCGGCGUCAGCGACCUGCUCGACGUGCGACACGUCGCGCGCACCUUCCGCGUCGCCUUCCGGCACGGCAACAAGGAGCGCCGCAUGCGGGUGGCCAUGCUCAUGCUCUGCUGCUGCGUCAUCAUCGGGCCCAUGCACGGCGAGAUGGCUGUGCUGUACCUGUUCACGAGGUACCGCUUCAACUGGAACGAAGUCGACUUCAGCAUCUUCUCCACCUACAGCAUGAUCACCAACCUGAUAGGAACAAUGGUGUCAGUGGGUGUGUUCAGCCACGUAAUGAAGAUGGAUGAUGCCCUGGUGGGAGUCCUCUCAUGCACCAGCAAGAUCAUCUCAAGCUUCGUGUAUGCCUUCAGUUACACCACAUGGAUGAUCUACAUGGCACCAAUUGCAGAAAUUCUUAACGGCACAUCAUUCAUCGCAAUGCGCUCCAUCAUGUCCAAACUGGUUCCACCUGAUGAGUUGGGCCAGGUGAACUCCCUGUUUGGCGUGUGCGAGGCCCUGAUGCCGCUGGUGUAUGCUCCACUGUACACCAGCGUCUACGCUGCCACCAUGGACUCCCUGCCUGGGGCCUUCUUCCUACUGGGAGGCGGUCUGACCAUGCCAGCUGUUGCAAUCUUCCUAUGGCUCUAUGCAUCCCACAAAAAGGAUGCUAGAAAGAAAGAUGAAGAAGAAAAUGCAGCCGCCAGGACAACAGCAGUUCUCGAAGCUGCUGCCACUGCGACAAAGACGGACCCGUUGGCCUUCCCCAUGGUGAGGAAUGGUUCUGUCAGGUUCAGUGACAAGUCAAAAGCAGAAAGCAAAGCAGUGGAUGCAUCCACACUGGACCAAAGAGCAGCAGAAGAAGGACUGACUCAUAGGAAGAUCUUUGGUGUCGAAAAUCCGGCGUACGAGCAAGACUCUGACACAAAACCGGGAGAAGCUCGACUAUGAAGAACAUUAUCUCUAGUGGCAAUGAGAGUGUAACUCAUCAGUUUGGACUUCACGGUGCACCAUGACACGCCUUCUUAAUUCUGCCUUCCUUUUAUUUUUUGCGCUAGUGGGACCUGACAAACGAUUACAUAAUUGUUUGAAACAAUGGUGAAAAAAUUUGUUGGAAGAAGGCAGAUUUCUGACAUUAGUAAAAAUAUGUAAAAACAAUAUGAAUGGCAGUCGUAAAAGAUUCUCAGUAUCACACCUUGAUUUUACAAGCCUAGUAUGCUGUGAGUCUUUUACAUGCAGAUGUUGUCAUAAAAGACUAAGUUAUGACUUUAGUAUAGCAGGCAGAAAAACUCUUCCAGAGUAUACCUGUGUGGAAGAUAAUCUGGUAUUCCAACAGCUGUGGUAUGUGUUUCAUCAGUAUUUCAUACUGGAUGCCAGGUUGCUAGAUUGUUUCUAAGUAUUUAACGCGAUGGUGGUAUAGGAAUGAUAGGAAUGAGGUAAGUUGUGUAAAAUACUAGACACUUAUGUAAGAAUCAGAUAGACAACAAACACCCUGAUAAUGUGUACACAAGUGCAUUUUUCUCACUCUUUGGAAAGAUUUAUUAUAACUGUUGUUAUGCCACAGCUAGACAUUUCACUCUAUUAUCUUAAAUAAUUUAUUUUGCUUCAAGUUCUAAAAUCUCCUUAUGAUACCAUGACUUCAUUGCUGAUUUUCUCCUAAAGCAGCCGGUACUCAUUACCAUACAAUAAUGGUUAAAUGUAUGGUAUUCAAAGUUAUUUUAUUUUUACACACAUUCCUCAAACAAACACAAUGCUCACAAUUAAUGUUUGUCAAAGCAUAUAUACAAGUAAUGAUAAAUCAAGAGAGCAUAACAUGACAAAAUUAGACUGCUUACCAAUUUAUGUAUACAAAGUGAAGCUGUGACUUUAGACUUUUAAGUCAUUGCUUAGAUAAUACCCAAGAUUUGCCACUGCCAUAUUGUUUCAAUAAAUCUAGCUUUCAUGAUAUAUGGCACUUAUUAAAAUGCAGUUAGGGCCAAGGAUAUUCUGUUAUCUUAAUCCCCCCCCCCCCUCUCUCUCUCUCUCUCUCUCUCUCUCUUUGAUCACACACAUACUUCCAGAGAAGCAAAUACCAAUAUAAGUAAAUUAAUUUAUGUUCUAGAAAGAAAGAUAUGUUUACAAUAAUCCUAGAAAUUUUACAUUAAGUUUCCUCAAAGAAAUGUGGCUGAUGACAAUAAAACAUUAAAUACAGAGAUAAAAAAAGGUAUUUCAUAAAGAUAUACUGUUUCCAAAAAUAAAGUCUAGGAUUUACAACAAUAAAGUUCUUUUACCUUAAAAGAGCUGAAAAUAACAUCAGAAUUCUGUACACAUAUUAAACCAAAUCAUAAUUGGCUGUGAGAUAUGCAAAUGAAAAAAGGCAUAGUGACUAGGCUAGUAUCCAACAAUAUAAACAAUACCUGCUAAUACAUUCAUAGAUUAUGCUAAAUAUAAAUACAUGCAUAUUAUUUCUUUAUUUUGUUCAAGCACCUUAUUGUACUGUGGCUGAAACUAUAACCAAGACAGGAAUUAAAAACACAGCCCGGUAAUGUGUACUCUCUUGCAUAGCAACAGGAAAUUCUGCUUAAAUUAGCCAGAGAUUCCCCAAACAUUAAUGUGCCUCAUAUUUACUGCUUUUGAAUUGAAUGUAGGUGCAGCAACGUUGUUAAGACACAGUGUUGCAUUCUUGAAAAAAGUCUGAAUUAUAUAUGGCCACCUACUAGCAUCGAAAUAGAGCUUGAAUGCAAAACAGACUUUAAUGGUAAAAUAAUAUUAUAUUCAAUAGAUUAAGAUACUAAAGUUAAACUAUUAAUGAAAAAAUAAAUUUUAUGAUGAAUGGGAUAAUAUACUGCAGUUCAUUCCGUGUUUUUACAUUAGGUGAUCCAUUUGACAAAACAGUAUAAUUCAACACAAAUAACAAGUCCAUCAUACAACACCUCAGCCAAAGAUGAUAAGAAAGCAAAAUCAUUGAAAGGUAGUGUCCUUUCAAAUACACGUUAGAAACAAUGUGACCAGAUUGGGAAAGAAGUGUAAGUCAUGAGGAACAUAUCAUAAAACAGCAACGCAAGAUGCUGACUGAAGUUGUGAUUUAGCUCCCAUCUUUCAUUCCUCUUCCCUUGCCUACUUUCUGCAUCUUUCCCUCUUCAGUUGCAGAAGGGGAAACGUAUGGUUCAAGAUUCAGUGUAGCUUUUUGAAUGUUUCUAUUCACCAACUGAAGUGAUCUACAUUUUUCAGUAAGGUUUGUUAUUCAAUUAUUCUUCAUACUGUCAGGUGUUUACAGGUAUCCUUCAUUUACAAAGAUAAUACAUAUUGAUUAAAAGUACACACUCUUUGCCAUUAGAAUAAUGCUGAAGCUAAUGAUUAUUCUAAGAGGACAAUGAACAUUAUUCAAUGCAGGCUUUCACAGCUGGAUUUAAUGUCCUUUGUGAUUUAUUGUUUAUGAGCGUUAGGCUGAGGUCCAAGCCGUAUUUCUGCAUCUAGAAUUUUGUCUCCUGACUAUGUACCCAUAUGCAUAAAGGCACAAUUACUUGAUUUUCAAACUUAAGCAAAGGACCUACCCACACCGUUAGUCAUGGAAGGAGUACACAAAAUCAUCUGCACAUGCAGACAAUGGUGCAUAGAGACUACCAAAAGUAGCAUCAACACAUGGCUUUAACACAAAGACAAUUGUCAGGGAAAUAUGACUAAAUCGGCAUUUAUAUUACAUGCAAUGGGUCCAGGAAGCACCAAAUCUGAAUCUCUGAAAUGAGAAUAACCAUUGUUAUACUAAUGUGUAUGAUGGGGCCAGAUAAACUCAAAUAGAACUUCACCAGCAAAUGAGGAGGACAAAUUAGACAAGUUCUGGGCCUUAGUUCCACAGGACGAGCUCUGUAAUGCACAUUGGCAUGAUUCUGUCUUCGGUGGUGAUUGAAUUAUGUGACACAACUGUUGUGUGAUUAUGUAUAAACUUACAAAGCUUGUUAAAGUUUGAAAAUCAAGUAACUAUGUCAUUAUGCCUCUGAAGCUGUCUCCAGUAUCUGGAGACAAAACAUUAGGAACCAAAUCACGCGUUAGAGCACAUUCUAACACUCGUGAAACAAAAUCUCCAAUGCACAUUGUUUAUGUAUGUUCAAGGUACAGUUCAGUCAGUUGAGGGUGUAUGUUUCUACUGAACAAGUGAACAUAAGAGAUAUUGCAUAAAUAUGAAUUGUUCAGUGACGCUGCUCAUAGUGGAAAAUAAAUGGGUGGUGUAUAGCCAGGAAGAGGUAAGAUGCUGGCUGAAAUAAGUAACAUAUAUAAAAGUGACCACAUAUACAAUAGUUCUGGUGAGAAACAGCUUUUUGUUGAUAAUCUUACAUCAAAGAACAAUACACCAGUGCUCGUCAUGCAGUGAAGUUGAGUUCGUGGGCAAAUAUUGUAAAUAGUGAUGCUGAUAUUGUCCAGUUACGCCUCAGUGGUCUUUACGAGUACUCCUUUCCUGUGGUAGUUCUCUGUAAGAUAAGAACCCAAUAUCCACUUAACCUUAGUGUUCCUCUUUCCUGUUAAAGUUCCUGGGUUUGUAGAUCUCUACAGAUUCACUAGUAAUUAAAUUCCCCAGAUAGAGGUUUAGACCCAGCAACAAUGUUGCGCAUAACUCUAUACAUCUCAGCCCAGCUGAUUUCUCUCUCUGACUUAGCGUUUAGCUUGGUUUAUGUCCCAUUGCUAAUGUUAACAGAUUAUCCCAUCAUGCCAAUUCACACAUAACUGCAAGGGCCCAGUAUUUGGUAAAUACCUGAUUUGUCUUGAAUAAAUCUGAGGCAUACACAGAUUAUCCUGAUCAGUCUGUGUUGUUUUUCUGGAGUAUAUAACCAAUUGAGUACCUUCACACUGGUGACAUAUGGCAGGAAUAUUGUAGCUGGAACUACUUCAUUAAAGCUGUCUGUCACCAUAUUUUGGGCAUUGUCAUUAUUCAUGGUAUAUCUAUUGCUCUUCUGAAUUUGUUCCACAUUACAACUAUUGUAUCUCAUGUCUGAUUCAGAAGUCAUCAGGCAAUACAUCAUGAAUUAGCUGUGAAAUUUUCAGUGGUUGCGUGGUUGUAAAUCUCUUAAACAGGCCACAUUUUAGUUCCUUCGAUAUCUGUCUACAUAAAUAUCAGAUUUUAAUGUAUUUGUUAAUGAUAUUUGAGGACCUAUCAUAUGGAAACAAUUAAUUUUACCUAUUAUUUUGAUUUUAUAUUAAACCCUGAUCUUGUAAAGUAAGUUGGAUGCCCCAGACCUAUUAGCUGCUAUGGAGGAUACAUGGGACAUACUUCAUGGAGAUUCCUAAAAAUCUGACUCCGUUAAGGCUUUACCAGGUAUUAAGUAAUGGACACUCUCUAGCUUUGCUUGUAAAGUGAAAAAAAAUCUGUAGUGAAAUAAAUUUAAUUCCUGUUCCUGUGUAAACUUCUGAUUUCUACACACACAGUAUUAUAUUUAAACUGGAAACAUAUUGUACAUUUCAAAUGUUCUUUAAUGCUGUCCAGAAAGUGUGUACAGUAAGUACAUGCUGGACUUUUAAACAAAAUAACCUAUUCUAUAUUUCCACUUGAUAGCCAUUCUGGCGUAUCAUGUUGGUGGAUUGAAAAGACUGCAGGAAAAGCCUUUAUGUAACUAUUAUGUCACAUUAUGCAUUUGCAAAAUUUCAGUGACAACUGCUACAUUUACAUAAGUUCUUUUGUUAUUAAUACAUGUUAAGCACAAUGAAAAGUGUAAAUCUUUCAAAAUGCUUCCAAUGUAACAGUUCUCUGUUUAUUUUAUUAUGUAAAUUCUUCUAUAUAAUAUAUUUUCUUGAAACUUAGUGUUUGCAUGUAACUGACUAAAAAAGUGCUUUUUUCUUGAGACUGUAUAUUUGUAAAUAUUUACUUAUGGUGAUGUAAAUUUCUGUGUUGGAAUAAAGUGAUGUUUGUUCUAAAAACAGCAA